UUCUGGAUUCAUUCUUUCAGCAAAACUAGUACUCCUUUUUCCCAAUUCACAUUUAGUAUAGAUUAUAGAAGUAGCACACUGAUCUUGGAUUUUGUCUGAAAAGGAAAUUUUCAAUCUUAGGGUUCUUCGCCAUUUGUACUGCUGGAUAGAUUCAUGAAGGGCUUCUUUCGACCUUUAACUAGGCUUGGAGGUCUUAGAACCUAUGCAGCAUCAUUUAGUAGAUCAAAGCUGCGGCUUGAAGGGGUUAAGGAUGUUGUUGCUGUUGCUUCUGGUAAAGGCGGCGUCGGCAAGUCCACAACUGCUGUUAAUUUGGCGGUUGCCCUUGCUAACAAGUGCCAUCUGAAAGUGGGUUUGCUCGAUGCGGAUGUUUAUGGGCCAUCUGUUCCAACGAUGAUGAAGAUUAGCAAAAAGCCAGAUGUCACUCAAGAUACAAAGAUGAUACCAAUUGAAAACUAUGGAGUUAAGUGUAUGUCAAUGGGAUUUCUUGUGGAGAAGGACGCCCCUAUUGUGUGGAGAGGUCCCAUGGUGAUGAGUGCUCUUGAGAAAAUGCUGAGGGGAGUUGACUGGGGAAAUCUUGACAUACUUGUGGUGGAUAUGCCCCCUGGUACCGGUGAUGCUCAGCUAACUAUGAGUCAAAAUCUUCAGUUAUCAGGUGCUCUUAUUGUCUCAACUCCACAAGAUGUUGCAUUAAUAGACGCUCGUAGAGGAGCUAAAAUGUUCUCUAAAGUUCAAGUUCCUAUUUUGGGAUUUAUAGAGAACAUGAGCUGCUUCAAGUGUCCACACUGUGGUGAACCUUCUUUCAUUUUUGGGGAAGGAGGAACCCGAAAGACAGCUGCUUCAAUGGGUUAUAAUUUUAUUGGUGAGAUUCCAUUAGAAGUGGAGAUCAGGAAAGGUGGCGAUGAAGGUGUCCCAAUAACAAUAUCAUCACCUGAUUCUGUAGUCUCCAAGGCGUAUGGUGAUGUGGCACAAAAUCUUGUUAAGGGACUCCAUGAAUUGGCAAAGGAACAAACUCUACAGCCGGAGAUUAAUCUAUGAAAUUGUGCUGCUUGGUUAGUGGUUGCCUUCAAGAGGGUAAGAUGGAACUGUAUACCAGAAUGGUCUGUUAUGAAUGCCAAUUUGAUUCAUUUGUCUUUUCACUGUAUGAAGAAGAAAUUAAUGUAUUCUAGGCCUGAUUAGAUUGGAAGUACACUCAUUAGGAAGCAACUUUGACCAUUUUGCCCUAGACCGAUUGCAAAUUGUCAACUAAGGAUGUAAUUUUUUUGCCUACCCAAGGAUGAGUUUGUUAAUCAAAUAUUAGACCAUUUGUUGUAAUCAUUUCAAAUAUUUAGCCACAAUGUGGCAUAUAAUUGCUCUCUCUCUCUUUCUCUC